AUGCUCUCCCUCGUGCAGGACAAGAUUGCACUCCUGCAAUCCGCGCUCGAUGACCCUUCUAUCCAAUGGAAGCAGCUCGUUCUAGCACUUCUCUGGCUCGUGUACAGCUUCGAGACCCUCAUCUCGCUCCGUCAAUACCGUCUCUACAGUCUUGACACACCUCCCGCCACCCUAGCAAGCCAUGUCGAUCUCGAGACAUUCAAGAAGUCGCAAGUAUACGGCAGAGACAAGGCGCGCUUCGCCUUCUUUUCAUCGGCAGUCAGCCAGCUCAUCAGCGUUGCUCUCGUGUACUAUGAUGUCUAUGCCUGGACCUGGACACUCGCUGGUUCCAUUCUGGCCCACUUUGGGCAGAACGAUCGCGAGAUUCCUAGAUCGAUCGUAUGGAUGAUGAUCAUGUUUGUUAUCCGCGAAGUCCCAGGCAUGCCACUCACGCUGUACCGCAACUUUGUCAUCGAGGAGCGACACGGAUUCAACAAGAUGACCAUGCGCACCUUUGUGACCGACACGCUCAAGGAAUGGGUGCUUGGCUUUGUCAUCGGCGUGCCGCUCAUCUCUGCGUUGCUGUGGAUCAUCCGGUGGGCCGGCGCAUCUUUCGUCUCGUACGUCGCCGUCUUUCUCUUCAGCUUCCAGAUCAUCGCCAUGGUGCUGUAUCCUACCGUCAUCCAGCCACUCUUCAACAAACUCACCCCUCUGCCUCAAGGCGCUCUCCGGGACCGCGUCGUAGCGCUGGCAACGUCGCUCAAGUUCCCACUCAAACACAUUUACGUCAUCGAUGGCAGCAAGCGAUCGUCUCACUCCAACGCCUACUUCUUUGGUGUGAUUCCGGGCGGGAACAAACACAUCGUCAUCUUUGACACGCUUAUCGAAAAGUCGACAUCGGACGAGAUCGAAGCCGUGCUGGCACACGAGCUCGGUCACUACGCUAACAACGACCCAACCAAGCUCCUCGUCUUGUCUCAGGUGCAGAUCUGGUUCACCAUGAGCCUCUUCACUCUGUUCAUCAACAAUGUCUCGCUCUACCGAUCCUUCGGCUUCCAGGUCGGCCCCUCCCUCCUCGAAAAGGUGGCUGGCACGCCAUCUUCGCAGCUGCUCAACUACCUGCCUGUCAUCAUCGGUCUUGAGUUGUUCCAGCUCGUCCUCAACCCGACGGAUGCGCUCGUCAAGUUCUUGCUCAACUCCGCGGUUCGCAGGAUGGAGUACGCCGCCGAUCGCUUCGCUGCCAAGCUCACGCGCCCUGGACCUACACCCUCUGAGCUCGCUGCUGCGGCCGAGUUCAACGCCGACAAGGAGAAUGCAGCUGCCAAGGUGGACCCCAAUCAAAAGCAAGAGUACGUCGAUCUGCUCGGCAAGGCUCUCAUCAAGCUUCACGUGCAGAAUUUGUCAACCAUGCAUCACGACCCUCUCUUCUCUGCGUACCAUUACUCGCAUCCCACCUUGGCAGAGCGUCUCAAUGCCUUGCAAGCACUCCGUCCUCAACUCAAGAAGCAAAAGUAA